AUGACAAUGUCAUUUGUGCUGCCCAUAGCUGCCCCAUAGCUCGAUCCAUCAGCAAAAACUACCAUUUCUUGCUCGAUAACCACCUGCGAACAGUUUGCACGCGCGUUGGCAGCCGCGCGGCAUCCAUGAGGCAUGCCAGCCUCCUGUGGCUGCUUUAUUACAAUGCAGACGGGGCAUCCAAGAGCACCAACGAGCAAGGAGCGCACAAGAAGGGCCGCGGCAACGAGCACAAUAGCAAGGAGCUGCCCCACGUGACCCUCAAGAGCAAGGAAGGCAAGCCGCUCCACGUGACGCUGAGCAGCAAGGAGCGCGCGCAGCAGCGCCACGACAACAUUGUUAUUAGGAACCAGGCGGCGCAACGAGCCGAGGACGCCGAAUGGGACCCGCUGCGGCGCCAGCGCGCCGCGCGGCAGCGCCUGCGACAUCACCACGCGGCCUUCGUGCCGCCGAGCCGCAACGCGGCGCCGCUGUGUGGGAGCGACAAGUUCCCGAUGCGCUUGCGGAGCUACUCGCAGCUCAACGAGGACCAGGAGCUCCUCCGGAGCUACUUCUGGAACAAACGAAGUGGCACAUAUCUGGAGAUCGGCGCGUACAACGGUGUGUGGAUGUCGAACACAUUACUGUUCGAGGAGACGUACGGCUGGACGGGGCUCCUGGUGGAAGCAAACCCGCGCCUCUUCGACGAGUGCGUGCGGCACCGCCGCAAGGCGACCCGGGUCAAGGCCGCGGUCUGCCGCGGCGGCGGGUCCGUACUUUUUGGACGGGCGCGGGGCCAGGCGCCCGGCUCGGGCCGCGUCUUCGCGCCGCAGUCGCCGGCGGGCAUGAUCGGCAUGACCCGGGCGACCUGCGUGCCCUUCGAGGACGUGACGGCCGCCGCCGGCAUCGAGCGCUACGACCUCGCGAGCAUCGACGUGGAGGGGUCCGAGUUCGACAUUCUCCAGUCCUUCGACUGGAGGCAUGUCCACGUCGACGUCCUCAUCUGUGUCGAAAUCAAAAUUGUACGGCGCGUUCGUGCUGAAUCAUCGCGUCGUCCUCCACGCCGUCGACGCGAUGCCUGCUCGAUGGCGUGGCGAUGCCGAUUCCUCGCCGCUCGACGGAGCCAGCACGGCCGCGUCGUCACCGAGAAAUGACUUAGUGAAGAAUUAUCGGUGCACCCGACGCACUGGUUGAUUUCCACACAGGUUCUCAUCGUCGAGUGGAACAAGGUGAAAGGAGACGCCCUCGCCGAUUUACUUGAGGAUAGAGGCUAUACGCGCGACGCGACGUGGCGCGGGUCGGACGUCAACCAGGUCUGGCUCCACGCCAACUUCACGCGGUCCGAGGCGCCCGACUCGGUGUGGGAGCGCGUGUCCGUCGAUAAGGUGUCGCACCGGGUCUCGGACGUCGGCCUGGGCUACAACUACACUUGUGAUUCGGACUGCGGCGCGUGCACAAAGCUUCGAAGUGUGCGGCCGACGCUCUCGGGAGGGUAAAUUUUAACAAUGUGCACAU